AUGUAUGUUCGUGUGAUUGUGGUUCGUAGCACAAUUACUGAGGAGGCACGAAUAGCGUACAACAGUCUGGUAGAAAACCCAUGUACGUCUGGCACUACCGGUAGCAGCAGCAACAGCAGCAGCAUGCCGUGCGGUAUCAGUCUCGGCGCGGUUGGAUUCGCAUGUUCCACCUUGCCACGGGCCAAACUGACCAACUCUCUAUCGCUCGCAACGGCGAGCUUCCGGUUUAAGGACAUCGAUUGCUGUUCCCCACCGUCCGAACCGGCGCCAAAAUCCCCCGAAGAGGCUGAACUUUUGCUCGGAGAACUAUCGUCAGCGGGUAAUAGUAACAUUACGGUGGACGAAUGCAAUCCACUGCGCAUUAUGCGGAACAAAAACUUUCCCAUUGUAACACGAUGCAAGUACAAGGUCAAUCAUCAACCUUCGUCCUGGGAAGAACAGCAGCUGGAUACCGCGAUUGCAGCAGCGUCCAAUCAAGCCGAAAGUCCCAGCUACCUAACCAAUCCGGAAUAUGCGUACAACAAUACAAUGGCAGCCAUCGAUGCAGGGAAAGAAGCGCCCGAUGGUCCAUUGAAUAAUCCCAUUCCCUUGCCUCCUCGUGAUCGUAACAAAACGAUUCCAGUGAACCAAAAGCGGCAUGUUAGGAAAUAUCCGCUUAUCAUACCCGCGGCUGGUGUGCAGCGUACUUUAAACAAAGUCACGCAAGUAACGCCCGUAGAUGAGAAAAUGGAUGUGUUCGCCAUUGCGGAUACGGUAGAAUCGUCUUCUUCAGCUAAUAAUGGCCAAAGCCAGCGCACGGAUCCGGACGAGUGUUCCAACCUGGACACGAAAGUAUUACACAAAUCGAUGGAAUCGAUGAAGCUGAAUGAGUUGGAAGAAUCGCUCACCGAACUGCCUUUGAAUGCAACGGAACAGAUGGCACUGCAGAAGGGAUACAGCAAGGAGUUUUUAGACAACAAUUUCCCAACCGUUUCCAGCAGUUCCGACAGUAAAAGCGCCUCUAGCGCGAUAAUCACGACAACUUUGCCAGCUACUAUACCGGCCGCUAGUGCUAUUCUCACCCGUCGAAGAACUGCAAGUGAUGCGUCCGUUUUGGCCAGCCCAGCAUCCGCACAAAGACGACAACCGCCACCGUCAUUACCUCCAGUUAGCCUGACACUAGCAACACCCCAACCGCAGCCGGAACUGCGUGACCCAACGUACGAGAAUUUGGACAUCUUCCAAACGCACAACAAUUUCUGCAUCGACACAGCAUCGCUGCAUUGCGAAUCCAUACUUGAGAAUGAUGCAGAAUCCUGCCCGAUCGGACGCGGUGCCAUCGAUAUGGUCGAUGGAUUCAAAGCAUCCGCUCUCUUUGACAGUAUUAAUAGUAGUGGGACCGACAAGCAACAACCGACGCUCAUGAAAGAGAUCGACAGUGAACAGGCGACCCAGACACCUGCACACGCACCACCACCCGAUGCUGGUGGUGGUACGUUGAAAAAAUCGAUGAACUUUGUCAGCUGUGAGGAUUUGCUUGAGUUUGCCGAGAAGCCAAAGGGACGUGCUCGAGGAUUGGAAUCCGAUGAAGUAAGGAUCAUGUCGAAGGUGCUUGGUAAAAAGCCCUCACCAGCACAAUGUUUGUUGACGCUGGAGUUCAUCGACUGGGACAUCCAUAAGGCGAUCAAGUUAUGCAAAUUGCAAACCAUUCUCGAAACGUAUAACCUUUCGCUGCAGGAAUGCAGCGAUGCGCUGCAAAUGUAUGACUGGGAUCUGCACACAACGGCCCUCAAACUGAAGGGUGGCAGUAACAACAGCAACAGUACCAGAUAA